AUGGGACACAGUUCCAAAACUAACCCUUUUCAAAGGAGAGUGAGAUGUCAGGGUAUUUUCCGAAGAUUUCUCAACUCUAAUAAAUACAUCAGUGACACAAUGCAUAUAUCAUUCUACCAGCAGCAAGACAUAAAGCCAGUAAUGAGUAAUUCUCCCAUGUAUACUCAAAGAAGAUAUAAGCGACCACACUCCAUAUGGUAUUCCAUCCAUCAUCAGAGAAUCAAUUUACAUAAACGAAACCAAGUGCAUGUUAAAGGGAAGGAGGCAAAACCUCCAGAGAGAAAAAUUGAGAGGGACAAGCAAGAUGAUACCUCAAAGAAUUGGUUCAAGGUCAUAAUUCCCUUUGGCAUAAAAUAUGAAUGGAAGUGGCUGUUGAAUUUGAUUCAGAACCAGUGAAGUAUUCCUUUCACUCCAGUGGAGUUCCACUAUGAGAAGAUGCAGGCUCAGUUUUUUGUUGAUAAUUCCAGCAUUGCUUUUGAACUGAAAAAUAGCAGCGACAAGAUCUGGCAUGAGUCUAAUAAUAAGCCUUAGGGUCACAGAACUCCAUCUGUGAUUCUGCAGUUGGCUAUGAACCAAUGGGGUGCCACUUCUCAGCAAGUUCUUAAUACACAGAGACUCCCCUUUGACCAAGAUUUGACAACCCAUCCUUCUGACUUGGCAUAAAGGUACAUGGUUCCUUCCCCGGACACCCAUGAAGAGGACAUGACCCAGGUGAAAUCUGCAGGGGAGAUAGUCAAGGGGCAAGACACGGAUCCGGAAGAGAUACGUGCAGACAAAAGCUCUCUGAGUACUACCGUCCAGGAUAAGUCCAGUAACAUAAAUUCAAUUCUGGAUUUAUUCCCCAAGUUAUUAAACCUGGAUGGGCGGGAAUCACCCAAACCAAGUCUCUGUGGCCUUGAAGACAACAAUAGCUUACCAAGUUGCAAAAGAAGUUCCUUUGGAUCUGAGAGUGUAAAGACUCUGGUCCUACAGUCCCUGCAGCAGUAUUGCCUCAUCUAUGACAACGGAGAUCGUCAGGGACUCCUCAAUGCCUACCAUGCCGAGGCUUGCUUCUCAUUGACCGUCCUCUUCAGUUCCACAGACUCUCCUGGGAACAGUUUGUGCGAGUACUUCAAGUAUAGCAGAAAUAUGAAGGUUCUCAAGCAUCCUUAUAUGUGGAGACGGCUGCUGAAGCAUAAAAAAUGUGACAUUAUUUGCUUUCUUCGUACAUUGUCCAAAACUCAGCAUGACCUCACCUCCUUUGUGGUGGGCAUGUGUUUCCAGACAGAUUCGAUGCUCUGCUUCUCUGUUAGUGGAUUAUUCAAGGAAGUGGAGGGCAGCUCUCAAGGAUGUGUCCAUGCUUUCACUCAGACCUUCAUUGCUACCUAUAUGGGAAGAUUUCAGAGUAAUCUUUGUAUCAUCAAUGACAAGCUGUUUGUGAGGAAUAUCCAAGGGUUUUCCAGUGCUUCCAUCACUGUGGCCAUAUCUUCUUCCAGCUAUUUGUCUGGCUCCUGUGAACAUCAACAGAAGAUGGUGCAAACAUUCUAUACACAGUCUGGGAUGAAUGUCGAGUAGUCUCAGAAGUGCCUUAAUGAUGAGCAGUAGGAUUACAGAAAAGCAAUACAAAGCCUUGCUUUGCUCAAGGUGAAGGACACAAUCCCAGAGGAUACCUUCACACUGACAGGUCCAGGAUCCUAAGAACAUACCAAGAAGAAAUUCCUGGGUGCCACUGUCUUCUUUCUUCAAACCUCUGUUGUGAUUUUGUUCUAGUACAGUAAUUUCCAUGUAAAUGAAUUGGGACAUCUAGUUACCUUCUGGAAGCUAAGGCCUAUCUUGUAAAGCUAACUCUUACAUAUCUAAAGGAGAUGUUGUUUGUGCAU